AUGAAAGGAGGCUCAGUGGACGAUGUCACGUUGGUAACAUUUUCGAAUGUUAGGACAGCAUAUUGUAGCCCAAACUAUCCCAUGAAUAUUUGCAGGUUAUCAAACAGAUCAGUGCAGAAAGCUUUCACUCUAUCUGACCCAAGACAAUGGUAUGGGCCUUCAAUACAUGUAAACACUUUAUCACUGGCCUAGUUUCUAAGGCACUGGGUCAAGAACAACAGACAGUCAUUUGCUUCAGUAAAACUUAACUUGUAUGUUAAAGAUCAACAAGAUGGCGUCGACAAUGGUUGCCUUGUAGCUAGCGCCUAACCAACUUUGCAGUCUUUUGCUUAUUUUAAUGUUUUUUUAACUUUUUGAUCAGAAGGUUUCUAGUAUUAUUUCCUAUGACCGAGAAGCACUUGUUGACAUCAGAUCGGAGAUUAAUGACCACAAAUGUGACUUUUUUGGAGCUGGAUCCUUUGUCUGGAUUACCCGAAGCAGUUCCAUUCAUCUCGGGAGCCCUUUUUCUAAAAAGACACCGCUAGAGAAGGGGAAGUUGAGCUGGAGUACUAGUCCGAUUAAGGAAAAGGCUAAUCCACUUCCUAGUAUAUUACUUGCUAAUGUACAGUCUGUGGACAAUAAACUUCGCGAGAUCAGAGCACGGUUUUCCCACCAGAGAAAUACGAGACUGUAACGUAAUAUAUACUUGAUUCUUGACAUAGGUCACUUGAAUAUAUCUACUGCUGUACAUAUCAUUCUUAGUACAGUGUAUAUACAGUGCCUUCGGAAAGUAUUCAGACCCCUUGACUUUUUCCACAUUUUGUUAUGUUACAGCCUUAUUGUACAAUGGCAAAAAAAAAAAAUCUCUCCAAUCGACACACAAUACCCCAUAAAGACAAAAUGAAAACAGAUUUUUAGAAAGUUUUGCAAAUUUAUAAAAAAUUAAAACAGAAAUACCUUAUUUACAUAAGUAUUCAGACCAUUUUCUAUGAGACUCGAAAUUGAGCUCAGGUGCAUCCUGUUUCCAUUGAUCAUCCUUGAGAUGUUUCUACAACUUGAUUGGAGUGCACCUGUGGUAAAUUAAAUUGAUUGGACAUGAUUUGGAAAGGCGCACACCUGUCUAUAUAAGGUCCCACAGUUGACAGUGCAUGUCAGAGAAAAAACCAAGCCAUGAGGUCGAAGGAAUUUUCUGUAGAGCUCAGAGACAGGAUUGUGUCGAGGCACAGAUCUGGGGAAGGGUAUCAAAAAAUGUCUGCAGCAUUGGAGGUCCCCAAGAACACAGCGGCCUCCAUCGUUCUUAAAUGGAAGAAGUUUGGAACCACCAAGACUCUUCCUAGACCUGGCCGCCUGGCCAAACUAAGCAAUUGGGGGAGAAGGGCCUUGGUCAGGGAGGUGACCAAGAAUCCGAUGGUCACUCUGACAGAGCUCUAGAGUUCCUCUGUGGAGAUGGGAGAACCUUCCAGAAGGACAACCUUCUCUACAGCACUCCACCAAUCAAGCCUUUAUGGGAGAGUGGCCAGACGGAAGCCACUCCUCAGCUCAGCUGGUAGAGCACGGCGCUUGUAACGCCAAGGUAGUGGGUUCGAUCCCCGGGACCACCCAUACACAAAAAAAAAUGUAUGCACGCAUGACUGUAAGUCGCUUUGGAUAAAAGCGUCUGCUAAAUGGCAUAUUUAUUUUUAUUUUAUUUAUGACAGCCCACGUAAAGACUCUCAGAUCAUGAGAAACAAGAUUCUCUGGUCUGAUAAAACCAAGAUUGAACUAUUUGGCCUGAAUGCCAAGCAUCACGUCUGGAGGAAACCUGGCACCAUCCCUACGGUGAAGCAUGGUGGUGGCAGUAUCAUGCUGUUGGGAUGUCUUUCAGCGGCAGGGACUGGGAGACUAGUCAGGAUCGAGGGAAGUCUCUGAAUGUCCUUGAGUGUUCCAGCCAGAGCCCAAACUUGAACCCAAUCGAACAUCUCUGGAGAGACUUGAAAAUAGCUGUGCAGCGAUGCUCCCUAUCCAACCUGACAGAGCUUGAGAGGAUCUGCAGAGAAGAAUGGAGAAACUCCCCAAAUACAGGUGUGCCAAGCUUGUAUCUUCAUACCCAAGAAGACUCUAUGCUGUAAUCGCUGCCCCAAAGGUGCUUCAACAAAGUACUGAGUAAAGGGUCUGAAUACUUAUGUAAAUGUGACAUUUCAGUUUUUUAUUUUCAAUAAAUUAGCUAAACCUUAUAAAAACCUGUUUUUGCUUUGUCAUUACGGGGUAUUGUGUGUAGAUUGAUGAGGGGGAAAAACAAUUGAAUCCAUUUUAGAAUAAGGCUGUAACGUAACAAAAUGUGGAAAAAGUCAAGGGGUCUGAAUACUUUCCGAAGGCACUCUAUGUAUAACUUCCUCCAGUGUACAUACGUAUACAUUGCAUUUUGAUUACUUUUGCUUUUUGGGCUGUUAAUUGGAUUCUUUCCAACAUUCUUGAUUUAUAUUUUUAUUUUUAAUUUCUUUUUUUUCUUAAUUAUUUGCGUGCUUGUUUAACAUUUUACUGCAUUGUUAGGAUCUAGUGACAUAAGCAUUUUGCUGCACCUGCUAUAACAUCUGCUAAACUUUGAUUUGAUUGAAAUGACCAAAGACUGUAUGAAGCCUGUGUGUUAUAGGGGAAGAACCUAUUCAGUCUUCAGUCUUAUGAUAUACAUUGCAUAAUGUGCAUAUGUAAACAAUAUUUAUCACUGACCUAGUUUCUAAGGCACUGUGUCAAGAACAAUCAGUGGCGACCCGUCAUUAGUAGUUGUAACGAAAUCAGUCCAUUGAAAUAAAUUCAUUAGGCCCUAAUUUAUGGAUUUCACAUGACUGGGCAGGGGUGCAGCCAUGGGUGGGCCUUGGAGGGCAUAGGCCCACCCACUUGGCAGCCAGGCCCAACCAAUCAGAAUGAGUUUUUCCCCACAAAAGGGCUUUAUUACAGACACAAAUACCUGUCAGGUGGAUGGAUUAUCUUGGCAAAGGAGAAAUGCUCACUAACAGGGAAGUAAACAAAUUUGUGCACAAAAUUUGAGAGAAAUAAGCUUUUUGUGCGUAUGGAACAUUUCUGGGAUUUUGUAUUUCAGCUCAUGAAACAUGGGACCAACACUUUACAUGUUGUGUUUAUAUUUUUGUUCAGUGUAUAUUAGAUGAACAAAGACUGUAUGUUGCCUGUGUGUGUUAGAGGAACUAUUUCAGCUUAAGGCUUAUGAUAUAGAUUGCAUAAUGUGCAAACAUAAAUAGUAUUUAUCACUAGCCUAGUUGCCUAGUUUCUGAGAGAAUGACCUCUUUGCUAUCAUCUGACCCUUGCUCUUCUCUCUCUCUGUCCCUCUCUCCUAGUAUUAUGGAAGGAUCUCCCUGCGUAUCCCUGCCUUGGUUUUAACAUAUAUUCGUUGUUCCAUUGUCCUACUAAGAGUUGCUGAAUAUAUAUUAAUCUCCCCCUCUCUCUAUCCAGGUACCUGUAUUGUGGAGAGAUCUCCCUGUGUCUGGAGCAGGCCACCUAUCUACACAAGCUGGCCACCAAGUACCGCGUCCAGGGCCUUCAGCAGGGGGUCACCCAGUACAUGACCCAGAACCUGGCCACAAACUCCCCUUCUGGACACGUGGUGGAAUGGUACUGUACCGUUUAUUUAAUUAAUGUUUAUUUAACCAGGAAGUCCCACUGAGGUCAGAAGACGUCUUUCCCUAGGGAUACCUGUAUUUUCAGAUCUCCCUUGAAAAUAUAACCUCCCCCUUUAUGUUGUAUUGUAUAUGUUAUGGUUAUAAGAAUGGAGGUCAGGCGUCGUCUGAUGUAGUUUGUUGAACUUACUAAAGGCAUUGCUGUCAAAAAUAUAGUAGGUAAAUUGUUUUUAACUAGGAAGAAAGUUUUCAGCUGAAGUCUAUGCAUUAUGAAGUCCAUACAUUAGUCUUUACUAUAAAGAUUGCAUUCGUUAACAACUAGCUCAACUUGUAAAACAUAUACUUGACUAAAAUAAUUGUUGAAACCAUUGCAGGUACCCUUACCUAAGUGCAUCGGUUGGUAUCAUGAAAACAUGGUCUGGACUUAUUGUUGACAACAUUGCAGGUACCAGUACGCCCUGCAGACUGGCGACGUGGCCCUGAGGGACAGCUGUCUGCAGUACUUGUCCUGGAACCUGUCCUCUGUGCUGCAGAGUGGGGAGUGGACCACCGUCAGCAAUGACCUGCUCAUGACCCUGCUGCAGCGCUCAGACCUCAUCCUGCAGGUACGCCUACUCCUGGGUAGCCUGAUCCCAGAUCUGUUUGAGAGUCAUUCCUCACAAAACUCAGACAAAAAAUAAGACCAUGAUUUGGGGAAUUUUCAAGAAAUUGAAUAGUCCUUUCUAAAUGCAUAAUUGAGAAAUGAUUAAUGAAAGUUGGCAUAUUUAUGACAUUUUGGCCUUACCCAGACAUUCAAGACUGCAUAAUGUUUAAUCUGCAGAUGAUACAAAGCAAAAAUUGCUGUCAUAUGAAGCUUUACAGCUUGCUCUGUUAUGAGCAGGGGUCGCAUUAGCAAAACGAGGUCUCAUUUUCAUAACGCAGGCCAUCAAAACAUCUGCGUUUUAAACCAUUUCACAUGCGUUUUAUAUUGAAAGUCAAAAAUGUUCUUCAAUAGAGUGAUCAAGGGCGUGCAACCAUAGUUUUCCUUCACAAAAAAUAAAUUAUUGCAACACAUUCAGCAGAAAAUAACUUCAUUUUCAUCAAAUGACAACAUAAAUGCAACGCUAAAUUAGCUUAUGUAGUGGGCAGUAAUGUUUUACGUGUGUAUAAAGUGUAUAUUAUAUUAUAAAUACCUCACGUGAUUUGUAAUAAGACUAAGCAAUUAACCUAUUAAAAUGUUUAUCUGACUCCAUAAAAAUAAUUAUAAUAUACACGCAAGCAUUAGGCAAUCAGUUGACGUAGACUAACAAGAAUUGGUCUGAGAAUGGUCUACAGUACAUUACAUUUACAUUUACAUUUUAGUCAUUUAGCAGACGCUCUUAUCCAGAGCGACUUACAGGAGCAAUUAGGGUUAAGUGCCUUGCUCAAGGGCACAUUUACGUUAUUUAGCAGACGCUCUUAUCCAGAACGACUCACAAAUUGGUGCAUUCACCCUAUAGCCAGUGGGAAAACCACUUUACAAUUUUGGGGGGGGGGGGGGUGGUAGAAGGAUUACUUUAUCCUAUCCCAGGUAAUCCUUAAAGAGGUGGGGUUUCAAAUGUCUCCGGAAGGUGGUGAGUGACUCCGCUGUCCUGGCGUCGUGAGGGAGCUUGUUCCACCAUUGGGGUGCCAGAGCAGCGAACAGUUGGAACAUUAGGAAAGUAUUCAGACCCCUUGACUUAUUCCAGAUUUUGUUACGUUACAGCCUUAUUCUAAAAUGUGUUGAAUUGUUUUCUCUCUCUCAAUCUACACACAAUACCCCACAAUGACAAAGCAAAAACAGGUUUUUAUAAGUUUUUGCUAAUAUAUUGAAAAUAAAAAACUGAAAUGUCACAUUUACAUAAGUAUUCAGACCCUUUACUCAGUACUUUGUUGAAGCACCUUUGGCAGCGAUUACAGCAUAGAGUCUUCUUGGGUAUGAAGCUACAAGCUUGGCACACCUGUAUUUGGGGAGUUUCUCCAUUCUUCUCUGCAGAUCCUCUCAAGCUCUGUCAGGUUGGAUAGGGAGCAUCGCUGCACAGCUAUUUUCAAGUCUCUCCAGAGAUGUUCGAUUGGGUUCAAGUUUGGGCUCUGGCUGGAACACUCAAGGACAUUCAGAGACUUGUCCCGAAGCCAGUCCUGGUUGUCUUGGCUGUGUGCUUUGUGUCGUUGUCCUGUUGGAAGGUGAACCUUCGCCCCAGUCUGAGGUCCUGAGCGCUCUGGAGCAGAUUUUCAUCAAGGAUCUCUCUGUACUUUGCUCCGUUCAUCUUUCCCUCGAUCCUGGCUAGUCUCCCAGUCCCUGCCAGUGGAAAACAUCCCCACAGCAUGAUGCUGCCACCACCAUGCUUCACCGUAGGGAUGGUGCCAGGUUUCCUCCAGACAUGACACUUGGCAUUCAGGCCAAAGAGUUCAAUCUUGGUUUCAUCAGACCAGAGAAUCUUGUUUCUCAUGGUCUGAGUGUCCUUUAGGUGCCUUUUGUCAAACUCCAAGCGGGCUGUCAUGUGCCUUUUACUGAGGAGUGGCUUUCGUCUGGCCACUCUACCAUAAAGGCCUGAUUGGUGGAGUGCUGCAGAGAUGGUUGUCCUUCUGGAAGGUUCUCCCAUCUCCAAAGAGAAACUCUGGAGCUCUGUCAGAGUGACCAUUUGGCCGGGCGGCCAGCUCUAGGAAGAGUCUUGGUGGUUCCAAACAUCUUCCAUUUAAGAAUGAUGGAGGCUACUGUUCUUGGGGACCUUCAAUGCUGCAGAAAUGUUUUGGUAACCUUCCCCAGAUCUGUUCCUCGACACAAUCCUGUCUCGGAGCUCUACGGACAAUUCCUUCGACCUCAUGGCUUGGUCUUUGCUCUGACAUGCACUGUCAACUGUGGGACCUUAUAUAGACAGGUGUGUGCCUUUCCAAAUCAUGUCCAAUCAAUUGAAUUUACCACAGGUGGACUCCAAUCAAGUUGUAGAAACAUUUUAAGGAUGAUCAAUGGAAACAGGAUGCACCUGAGCUCAAUUUCGAGUCUCAUAUCAAAGGUCUGAAUACUUAUGUAAAGAAGGUAUUUCUGCUUUUUAUUUUUAAUACAUUUGCCAAAAGUUAUAAAAACCUGUUUUGCUUUGUCAUUAUGGGGUAUUGUGUGUAGAUUGAUGAGGGGGAAAAAAAUGCAAUCAAUUUAGGCUGUAAUGGGCCUCCCGAGUUGUGCAGUGCUAGAGGCGUCACUACAGACCUGUGUUCAAUCCCAGGCUGUAUCACAACUGGCCGUGAUCGGGAGUCCCAUAGGGCAGCGCACAAUUGGCCCAGCGUCGUCCGAGUUAGGGGAGGGUUUGGCCGGGGGGGGCUUUACUUGGCUCAUCGCGCUCUAGCGACUCCUUGUGUUUCCUCUGACACAUUGGUACGGCUGGCUUCUGAGUUAAGCGGGCGGGUGUUAAGAAGCGCGGUUUGGCGGUUCAUGUUUCGGAGGACGCAUGACUCGACCUUCACCUCCCGUUGGGGAGUUGCAGCGAUUAAACAAGAUCGAAAUUGGGGAGAAAAAGGAUGAUUAAAGCUGUAACAUAACAAAAUGUGGAAAAAGUAAAGGGGUCUGAAUACUUUCUGAAUGCUUUGUUUAUCAAAGGCAGACAUUUCAUUUACAUUGUAAAAUAAGUGGAUUCACAUACAGGGCAUAAAUCUUAAGUAACAAGCAUUACAGGGCAUUAUUCCAAGCAUAUAGAUCCUAAGAUCCUACAUCCUUACAAGAGAAAGCAUGAACAAAGAUUAGAUUUGAGGGUCUGAAGUUUGCCAAUGAACAUCUGAAUGAUUCAGAGAAGAACUGGGUGAAAGUGUUGUGGUCAGAUGAGACCAAAAUGGAGCUCUUUGGCAUUAACUCAACUAGCCGUGUUUGGAGGAGGAGGAAUGCUGCCUAUGACCCCAAGAACACCAUCCCCACCGUCAAACAUGGAGGUGGAAACAUUAUGCUUUGGGGAUGUUUUUCUGCUAAGGGGACAGGACAACGUCACCACAUCAAAGGGACGAUGGACGGGGCCAUGUACCGUCAAAUCUUGGGUGUGAACCUCCUUCCCUCAGCCAGGGCAUUGAAAAUGGGUCGUGGAUGGGUAUUCCAGCAUGACAAUGACCCAAAACACACGGCCAAGGCAACAAAGGAGUGGCUCAAGAAGACGCACAUUAAGGUCCUGGAGUGGCCUAGCGGGACAAAAUCCCUACUGAGAUGUGUGCAAACCUGGUGAACAACUACAAGAAACAUCUGACCUCUGUAAAACUAAAACUGAGGGGGUAGUGUUUCAACUGAGGGGGCUAAGCCCCCUUUAGCCCCCUCGUGGGGACAGGUACAAGAAAAGUCAUCUGAGAAAAGUAGCUACAUCAGUCAGAGCACUGUCUACUGAUAGAAUGCCUGUGCCUUGAAUGCUGGAAUUUGAUUGGUCCAUCCGAGAGGAGAAGUGCAACUGAAGCACAGUUCCCGCUCAGCCCAGUCAAAGCUAUUCGCUGCUCUGGCACCCCAAUGGUGGAACAAGCUCCGCCAGGACAGCGGAUUCACUGACCACUUUCCGGAGACACUUGAAACCUUACCUCUUUAAGGAAUACCUGGAAUAGUAUAACAGUAAUCCUUCUACCCCCCCUCCCCCACCCCCCAUUAAAAAAGGGAUGGUUGUCCCACUGGCUAUCCUAAGUUGAAUGCACCAAUUUGUAAGUCGCUCUGGAUAAGAGCGUCUGCUAAAUGACUUAAAUGUAAAUGUAAAAUGAGUCUUAAGCUGAGCAGAAAUGACAAAAUGCAGCAAGAAAUCUCGUAUGCGUUUUAGAUUUUUUUUCGGUGUGAAAAACGGAGAAUGCUGGUUAAUGCGACCCCUGAUGAGUAGUGUUUAAUUUCAAUAAAAAGUUUGUACAUACAUUUAUGAAUACUUAAAAAUAUAAACAUGAAUAUUGAAAAUAUACAUUUUUAGGAUUUGACAAUUUUUUUCAAAUCAACAAUAUAUUGUUGAACAUAAUAUAAUCUAGAUGCAUAUCAAAGUUCCAGAGUGGGAUCUCUGCUAGUUUGAAGGUUAUGGCCCCUUUUAUACAGAUAAAUUGGCAUGGUAGGCAAUAACAGCAUUUCCAUCCACUGUUUUAAUGCGAGUAAAGUCAUACCGUAUAUAUGACAGCUGUGAUGGAAACAGGAAGUUUCGGUACAAUUUUAUAAAUGCUGACAGAUCAUUUGUUUGUUUGACAUGGUGGGAUCUUUUUGUGUCGGUAAUAUCAUAUCAAAGUAAACUUGGAGUCACAUGAUGAUAUGGUGUGUGGUCCUCCCACUACGCUUCGGGAAACCAUGCAGUUUAUUAGGCUACAGAUUACAUACAUUAUGAUGGUCUUCACAGUGUGGUGAAAGUACACGGUGAUGUUGAUGCUUCUUUCCAAUAAAUAUCAAGGGUCUUAUUCUGGUGACAUGAUGAUUGAUGCUUGACCGCCGUUUGACAAAUACAAAUAUUCUUGCCAUAAUAAUAAUCUUAUCCAUAAUAAUCUCAUCAUGUAGACUAGGCUACCCGCACCAGAGUAGGCACAUAUGCUAUUUAAUGCAAUAGUUUUUGUGACAAAACUAUCAGUAGUUUUGUUGAAAAUGUGAUGGAAACACAUUGAACUUUACAUUUGUAUUCGGUACAUGAAAACAUAUGCGAAAAAGUACAUUUUGUGUGCACUAUGUCCUCGUAACUGAUUUUUUAAAAACUGUUUAGUGGAAACACACCUCUGUUGCGAAAAUGCACAUAUGUUCUAUAUGCAGAUUUUUGAAUAUUCACAUGAAAAUCUGUCGCCAAUUGGAUGGAAACCUAGCUAAUGUUACCAAUCACAGCCCUUCUUUUACUAUCUUUGCACAUCCUGCAAAUCACCAGCAGAGGGCGACCAUUUUGAAUCAAUUUUCACAUUCACUGUUGGUAAUGCUUUCAAAUUGGAUCAUAACUCUAAAAGUAGCAGAGAUCCCACUCUGGAACUACGAUAUGCCCGUACAGUAUAUUAUGUUCAACAAUAUAUUAAAACAUUUGCCUAAUCCACAUUUUUAUUUGAUCAAUAUUCAUGUUUAUAGUUUACAAUAUUCAUAAAUUAAUGUAAAAAAAUAAGUAAUUGAAAUCAAAAUACUACUCAUAUUACAGAGCAACGAGAAAAACUUAAUAUGACACCAAUGCUUGCUUUGUUGGCACAUACAGAUGAAACACUAUGGAGUCUUAAAGGAGGCCUGGGUAAGGCCAAAAUGUCAUAAAUAUGCCAACUUUGAUACAUUAUUUCUCAAUUAUGCUUUUAGAUACAAAUGUCAAAAGGACUAUUCUAUGGAUUACAUUUAAUAAAAAUCCCCAAAAUCAUGGUCUUGUUUUUGUCUGGGUUUCGUGAAGAAUCACUCUUGAGCUGUCUGGCCAACUCCUUGUCACUCAUUGUCACACAAAUGCCUGCCUGAUCCCAGAUCUGUUUAUGUUGGCAAUACAGCACAAACCGAUCUGGGAGCAGGGUAAAUCCUGUGUACUACUCCAUCUUAUGAUUAUGUACAGAACCAUUGAAAAUGUUUUAACUUGUGUGUCUUUGUUUAUUUGUAUACAGUAAAUAUUGUGUCUAAUGUACUACUGGCUGCACAAUGAAUUUCCUGGGCCCGUGGGAACAAUCAUGUUUUAAAAAGUGACUUUGAAUUGCAGAGUGAGAUGGAGCUCUUCGCUGCACUGGAAGCCUGGAUCAACCAGAACGAACCGGAUGCUCUAACAGCCGAGAACGCUCUGAGAGCUGUCCGUUACGCCAUGAUGCCCCCGCGGGAGCUCUUCCGCCUGCAGACCCAGUCUCCUGUUCUGGCCCGCUACCAGGAGUCGGUUCGGGACCUCCUCUACCAGUCCUACCAGUUCCACUCCGCCUCCCCCCUCCACAUGGCCAAGUACUUUGACGUGAACUGCAGUCUCUUCAUGCCCAGGAACUACCUCUCCCCAGCCUGGGGGAGUCCUUGGGUCAUCAACAACCCCAUGAGGGACGACCGCAGCACCAGCUUCCAGACACAGCUGGGACCCAGCGGCCAUGAUGCCAACAAGAGGGUGACCUGGAACGCACUGUUCUCGCCCCGUUGGUUGCCCCUCAGCAUGAGGCCAAUGUACUCCGAACAGGGCUCCACGCAGCCGACCCGCGUUGACGGAGGCCGCCUGCGAAUCAUUAUUACUCCCGCUACGUCAAGUGCGGACUUUGCCGGGGUGAGCUUCCAGAAGACGGUGGUGGUGAUGGCAAGGAAGCAGGGAAAGAUGGUGGUGAGACAUGUUUAUAACUUCCACCAGAGCACCGAGGAGACUGGAGACUUCUUGGUGGAUGCUGAUCUGCACCGCAAGAUGUCUGAGUACCUGGUCGAUGGUUCCCUCCAUCUACACAUCGUGGUCAAGCCACUCUACCAGACACUCAUCGCUACCAAGAAAUGA